GGAAUUGUUGGUUGAGAAAAGAAAACAAAGUUUCAGUUAAUCAUUGAGUCUUAAUGUUUACAUUGUUAUCGUUUGUUAAUUGGUAAUGAGAGUCAACAAAUUAACUCAAUUAUGAUUAAAUUGAUUGUUAGUUACAAUCGAUUGUUUACUUAGAAUUAAUUUUGAUUCCAUUGUGAUGUUUAAAUGAGAGGGAAUAACAAUUAUCUCUCAUGUGCCUCAGAUUUGUUGUUUUAUCUUCAAAUAACAUUUUCUACAUUUUCUUAUUUGUUUACAUUUUCCAUUUAAUUAAUAUGGUUCUGUCAUUUCGUCGACAAUAUGAUUAUUUAACAAUGUAUCUUAAUAAUUAAUCGAUCAAAUUGUUUACAGUUGUUAACUUUUGUCACAAUUUCUAAUCACCAUGGCAAAAGAUUGUCGAGAAAGUGUCACUUGUGAUGAUGAAAGUCUCCAUGAAUUGUGUCAUCCUGAAGAUAUGAGAAGAUCAACUUUAAUUUCCAUUCUUAAUGAGCGUCAACUGGAUAUCCCUAAUUUGGAGGGAAUGGAUUAUGUUCAGCUGAUUGAAUUGUACAAUUCAUUUGUUUUACCAUUUCCACAAAGAAUACAAAAUAAACGGAAAGCAAUUAAAAUGGAAACUGAUCAAUUAUCUUCAUCGUUCAAAAGGAAGGCUUUAAUCAGCGAUCAUAAUCAUUUGAAAAGAAUGAGACAUGAGGCUGAUGAAAUUAAAACAACCCAAAUUGUUACGGAAAAUGUUUAAGACUUUUAUGAUGUAAAUAUAUAUAAUUAAUUUAAUCUACUAAUUAAUUAGCAUCAAUAUCUCAUCGUACAAAUUUUGUUGCAACACUUGAAAUUCUGUUGGUGUUUUCAUCAUUAAUGAUAAAAGUGACAACAAAUGAAAAGUUUAUAUUUUUAAUGAAAUUCUGACUAAAAUUGAUCGAUAAUCAAUCCUUACGUUUUGCUCUCUAAUUCUGUUGCUGCUUUUUCAAUCAUUUCGUU